AACGCGGGAGCGAACUAGUUCCAUUACACGCAGGAUUUUAUGAAAGGAAAGGAAAUAGAAGCGGUCGCUUCCUUAUGACUACUUAGAAACCUUUCCAGAGUUGAUGUCGCAAUCAAUGAGUUAGGUUUCCACUUGAUUCACUGAAAUCGUCGACGCUAUACGCGUUUUAUCUGCGAAAAUGUGGCUGUGAAACUCAUGGAAUAUAAAGUGCGAAGUUUCCUAGAGUAUGAGUUUACAGAAACAUCGAAGCAAAGGCCGUGGAGGCAGUGGCAGGUAGUUAUUCUUAGAGUUACAAAAACUUUCUCGGAAUUCUUUUAUCGUCUGUUAGUCCUGACAAUCUGAUCAAAACCUUAAGCUCAAUCAUAUUUUGUUUGAUGAAGAGGAACUAAUUCAGUACCGGCGAGUCAAGGGUCUAAUUUUCAGCCGUGAUGCAAUUUUAUAUAAACGGAAGACUAUCGACCGGCUCUUUUUUAAACUUCAUUCUUAAUUCCCCAAGAUUAGUGUGGCUUUCGUGUGGUAGCAUUGCGAGGAUCAUUAAUUGAAUAUCCCGUUAUAGUUUUUGCUUGACCCACCCAAUUACACCGAGUUUUGACAUGAGAAGCAUUUGUCGUCAACGUGGACUACACCACCUUGUGAUACACUCAUAUCAUUCUCUCGCAAGAAUAUUUUCAUUGUGGUAUUUCCUCGAUGACAACUAUUUACCCUGUCAUUUUUAAGAUGUGCAACCAUACAAACAUCAAUAUAGUGUUGAAAAUAUCACGCGAGAUCACGCCAAACCAGCCUUGGUGAAAUUUUGUUCAUCUCUUAUCAUGCCCCUCUGAUUCUUGGCCGAUGUGAAAAUAUCGUUCUCGUGUUUAUGGUAUUUCCGAAAAAUUUCUCUGCUAUGGGUUACUUCUUUUGCCAGCGUGUUUGGAUUAAUAUUGCUCAAGAUCAGUGGCUCAGUUAAGUAAUUUGAAAGAGAUCAAGUUUACACGUUGAAACAGAGAUUUGUAUAGCCUGGAGUGGUUCUUCCGUUGUAUCUGUCGUUGACUAUCUAUUUUUAUCCCGCUCUCUAAAUAUCGUGUUUCAUGCAGGUAACAUAUAUUUAAUGUCUGGUUUUUUAUUUUUUCAGGGGUCAAAAGAGUUACAGACCAGGUUCCAGUGCAAGUCCUCCACCUCCGACGCUUAACUUUGCCAAUGUAAGUUUGAGAAAAUAAUUCCUGUGCAAUCGUGUGGAUUAUUAACUUUUAAAGAUUUUAAUUUACAUUCGAUGUCAAUCUAAGCUGCUUAAUAUGUGCCAUUGUUGCUCACUUGUAUCUUUUAUUAGUUUGAAUGUUGUAUACUUUCUGAAAUUUCUCAUCCCCUCUUGCCAUUCUUUUUUUCAGUCUGACAAUGGACAUACCACAGACAUCUUUGCAAACAAGUUCAUGGUUUACUAUGUUAUCAGCAACUUGGUAAGCAUGUACUUGUAUUUCCACAUGUGUGUUUUACUGGAUUAACCCUUAAACUCUUAGAUCAAAUUUGUAAUUCUCCUUACAGUCAACCUUAUAAUUCUUAUAAUGUUCAGAGAAUUUAGUAUUAGAUCAACUAUCCUCAAAUUGAUAUUUUUCUUUAUUCUCAUCACUUAUUUGGUUGAUAUUGUAUUGACAUUGUAUUGAUAUUGUAAGGAGAAAUUCUGUUUUGGUCAUUCAUGGGAGUUGAAGGGUUCAAGUACAAUUAUCAGGUUCCCUCUUUCUUAACAGAUGUUACCCUACUUGGAUCUAACUUCUACUUAAUUCAUGCACCUUAGAGUGAGAGUCGCACAACUUAACAGUUGUGUGAUUCUUUUGGAAAAUCUCUGAAUUGGGAUAGUGUGAUAUUAGAUCACUUAAUAAACCCUGAUUGAUACUUUUCUUUAUUCUCAUUACUUGUGUGCUUGAUGUUGUACUGUUAUUGUGAAGAGAAAUCCUCUCUUGAUCACUCAUGGGAAAUAAAAGGUUGAUUAUAUGUUAACCUAAUUCAUGCAAUGUUUCCAAUGUCUUUAUCUUUUUGCUGGUAAUUCUCAUUCACCUAGAAAAAGAAAAGAAUAUUAAAACUGUGCUUCAAUUCACUCUUUGUACAGGGUGAGACAGCUCGUGUUCAGGUUCAGAAUGGUGAUAUUUAUGAAGGAGUCCUCAAAGCCGUUUCCUCUAAGGUUGGUUUUCAACAGAAUGUUUCACCCAAUUUAAUAUAAAGAAUCCAUAUUGUUGUGGGUCUGUAAUAGAUCACAGACUAUGUAAAAAUGUGGUAAGAACAAAAAAGUGGCAGACAAAGCGCAGCCAUGAUUGUCCCUGAUACUCUUACCACAUUUUGAUGUCCUCUGAGAUUUAUUACUAUACAGACCCAGAGGAAACAGGGAAUGUGUUUGUUCUAUCCAAUAAAAAAAGCAAAUUGUUGUUGAUAGUGAUGUCACAUCUGUGUCUGUCCUCCAAUAGAUCCGAAGUAUGAGCCAAUCAAAAUGCAUGUACAACUCAGAUUAUCGUAUAAACCCUAUAUACCCCAACAUCAUUAUACUGUUCUUUGUACAAUCCCUAAGGUGCUGACAAGGAGAAUUUGUUUAACAAUCAAGAGCUUCUUCUUUAGUCGGCGAUCAUUUCUUUUAUUCUCAUGACCCUAAUGUGUGAUUCUAGGGUGAUACUGUAAGGAGAAAUUCUAUGCUAGUCACUUUAAGGGGUCAAAGGGUAAACAGAAAUUAUCUGCACCUAUAGUUCCAAAAAUUUCCCAUGGCAUUGGCAAAGAAUCAUAAAUUCUUGAAACUGGAAUGAGAAAAUUUUCUCUUCUGCAGUUUGACUGUUCCUUAGGCGAAGCUCAUCUUGUGCAGCAAAAGAAAAGCAAUGGACUUGUUAUUGAGGUGAUUAUGCCAUGAUAUAUUGGAAAAUAGAAUGCCUGUUUUGUUAUUAUAUGGCUGUGGUAACAAGGUAGUUUCAUUUAUCAACUGAGUUGAUCCACUCUGAUGAAGGGCUAAUGCUUGAGACACCAGCUUUAGACUCUUUUAUAUGACUCUUUAGUUUUAUUUAGACUCAGUUAAUAAAACUAAAUUAUAUUGAUAUACCACCCACCGACACAGCACCACAGUUUCUUUAGAAGCACACCCCUUUUUAUUCAUUUGUGGCAAGAGGAGGUUGCAUGGAAGUGAUCAACUUGCACCAGCACAAAUAAAAAAGUUGAUGAUGAUGAUGAUGACCACAGUGAUGAAAGAAUACACCCAUUACAGUCAGUUUUCAUUGUGAUCUGAUGGAGACUUGUAGAGUACCAUUAAAACACUGCAAUCUACAACUCAACCCUUUCACUGCCAAGAUCUUAUUGGAAAUUCUCCUUUCUGUCUGCUAUACAGUUCUUUUGAUGUUAAUUCAGAGAAUUUGGUAUUUGAUCAACUUAUUAUUCCCUAAUUGAAAUAAUUUUUUAUUCCCAUUACUGAUCUGCUGGAUAUUGUAUUGAUAUUGAAAGGAGAAAUACUGUCUUGGUCAGAUGUGGGAUUAAAAGCGUUAGGCAAUUCACCACAGUAAUUCCACUUGAUAUAAUAAUGUAUAUUACUUUUCUAAGGAUGAACGAAUUUUACCCAGCCGUGAUGGUCUUAUCAGCACUCUCGUGAUUGCUCUGAAAGAUAUUGUGAGUGUUAAUAUAACCAAAACAGAGGAACCAGAGAUUGUCAUCUCAGUUGGUAAGACUUCCUUUCAGAACAUUUGUAUGACUGAGUUACAGAUAUGAUUAAUGGGCUGAACCCAAUAAUCAGUAGAAUAGUCUGAUCAUCUAGGAUAAUGUAAUCACAAAAAGGACUCACCAACAUUUAUACAACCCAAGCAGAAGUCACUGGAGUCAAUUGAGGAGCUGUUGGUCAUUCAGCUCUUGGCAUAACUCUGAUGAUGUGUUCCACUUGGAUUGUUGCAGUUCUUUUCAGGAUUGCGCUACCUUAGAGAAUCUCUUUACACCAUCAACCAUAAAUCCUGGUUCACAAGUUUUUAACUCCUUACACCCUAACAUCAGUAUGCAAACUCUUCAUACUAUGCUCUAUACAUUUCCUAAGGUGCUGGUAAGGAGAAUUUGUCUAACUAUCAAGAGCUUCUUUAGUUGGUGAUCAUUUCCUUUGUUCUCAUAACCUAAAUGUGUGAUUCCGGGAGGAUAUUGUAAGGAGAAAUUAGGUGCUAAUCACUCUUAGGGGUUAAAGGAUUAAAUUGUGAGGAACACCCACACGAGACAAAUGAAUUUAAAAAAUGAUUUUCAGAAGAUAUGUCACAACUUUUGAGGCAUUGUUUGAAUAUGGCAACAACAAAAUAUUUGUUGAAUAAAAGAAAAAAUAUUAAUAAGAGGCAAUAUUAAACACGGAAGGAAGAAGAAUGAUUGAGGAAUUUGGAGUUUCAAACAGAUUGAAAAUGAUUAACUUAAGAAAAUUUGAAUUUAAUGCCUUAAUGCGAGUAUUGAUUCAUUGUGUGCCUUGGGACCCACCUUCUAAUGAGAGUCUGUUGGAAAACUACUUGUAGAAUCAAGUACAAGAAGUUGAACUUUGCAUGCUCAAUUUUUUUUUAUCUUUCAGAUUCUUUCACAGAUGCAGCCAUCACUAAUGUUGCUCAGAAGCAAACAAAUGGUCAAAUCAAUGAGCGGAAGCUGGAGGUAUGUAUGCCUUUAGAUGGAUUUUCCCAGGUUUGAUUUUAGAUGUAAGAUCUUAUGAAAUCAAAUUAUUUCCCUUUGACUCUCUUCUGGGCACAGCACUCUAAGGAAAUUGGAUCAAUAGCAGUAUCUGGGAAACUGCCCACCUAUCCCUCCCCUAAUCCAACAUUAACCCUAACUUGUUAUCAAUUGACUGUUUUUGGGUUAGGGGAGGGGUAGGUGGGCAGUUGUCCAGAUACUGAUAUUGAUCCGGAAAUUUCAUGAAUACUUGUAACUCAUUUCCAGAAGGUGUGCAUUGUAUUAAUCAAAAUGUGGCAUGCUUUUCUGUGUUGUAAUACUGUUGUCUUUCAUCUUCAGAGAUGGGUUCCAGAUGGUCCUGACAUUGGAGGAGGCUUGGAAGAUAAUGUGAAAGUGGUAAAUAAAUUUUUUUCAAUUGGGUCUUUUUAGUGUAGUUGCCAAUGUUGAUUAGAUGUUUAAGUAAACAACUUUGACAUUAGUCAACCCUUUAACUACCAGAAGUGUGGAACACAUAACUUCUCCCUAAAAUAUCCAUACAUUCUCCAGCAAACAGGUGGUGAGAAUACUCAAGUUAAUCCAAUAAAAGUUGUAAUCUUGAUCCAACACUAAAUUCUCAAGACUAAUUUUUAAGGAAUUGUGUAGCAGCUAGAGGGGAGAAUUCACAAUUUAAUCUUAGGGGUUGAAGGGUUAAGUAUAUACAAUUUGCAUCAGUGAAGCAAUACUUUUUUGUACUAUGAAAUUAAAGUGAAUUUGAGCAACUACAUUCAUGAGGGAUUUUUUUUUCAAACUGGAUGGAUUUUUGGAUUUUUUUUUGACAUAGUGAACAAAUUACAAAUUGUUGAUUGAUACAUUGCUUGAAGAUUUUUUUCCAUGGAAAGUACAGGUGUUUUCAGAGCAAUUUCUUUUUUGACAUUUGGAACAAAAAGUGUUAAGAUGUGUUUUGUUUCAAAGCAUUUCCCCAAAUGGCUGCUGUGUUUCCUGGUUUGUUUUGCUAUUGUUGAAAACCAGCUGUUGAAUGGUACCUGUUCUUUGUGUCAUGCAUGAUUAAUUUCCUUCAGACAUUUUUUUUACUUAGAUCAUUGAUCAUGUUUAAAACAUCCAAUAUGGCCUCUGUAUAGAGUGGUUCUAUCUUUGCUCGUUUCUUGAUGCUCUGAACUUGUGUUUUUGUGGCAAGAUUCUGAAUUCAAAUCAUCAUUUUCCAGUUUCCACUCCAUUUGGUCUUCUUUUUGUGUGAAUCAUCUGGGGUUUGAUGAUAGAACUGUCUAUAAUAUUUGAGAGAAACCUGGCAAAUUUUCAUUUUUAGAAUUUAUCACACAUUUUGGUGAAAGAAUUGUUGAUCUCUUGGAAUUGAGAACUCAGCCAGUUACUAGAUUUUCUUGUGACCGGAUCAUAGCUUUGUCAAUGAGCUCUCCUGUCAGUUUGGGUUAAUGGUGUCAUGGCUGUAAGCAUUUUUGUCAUGGGACAAAAACUAAGCCAGUUUGCAAGCGGCGAUGUUGAAGUUGAUGUAGAUGUUCAGGUAGUGUACAUCACUGUGGGAAAUGGCUAAGAAUUUAUUAGCUUCUAGAAGUAUUCUUAUGAUGAUGGUGAUGGUUAAUCAAAUGUUUUGGUUAAUAUAGAAUGGCUGGUCAGCAGAUGAGAUGUUCAAAACCAACGAGGAAAAGUUUGGUGUUAAAUCAACAUACAAUGAGGAUUUGUUGGAGUACACGUAAGUGAAAUGCAAAUCUUCCACAAGACUGGGAAAUAAAGCUUUACAUCUUAAGCUCAAGCCAAAACAGUACAAAAGUCUUGCUUAUUUACCUGUUAAUUUUCAUUAGAACACCACUUCCAAAGGAUAGCACUGGUGAAAUGGAGCUCAAAGCGGAACAAGCAGCUCGGGAAAUUGAGCAGGUACUUAUUUUUUCUACUAACCCUUUAAAUCCUGGAGGUGAUUCACAUGUAAUUUCUUCCUAUAAUAUCCAGCAAACUGGUGAUGAGAAUACUGAAAUGUAUAUAGUGGAAGUUGACCUUGAUCUAACAUCAAAUUCUUGUAACUUAUGUACAAGGAAAUGUGAAGCAGUCAGAAGGAAGAAUUAACAAUAUGAUAUCUUGUGAUUGAAAGGUUAAUGUUUUCUAUGCCAAACAGUAUUUUACAUUUUGACUAUUGAGGUUAACUAAUGGAUGGUUUUCUCUGCUUUCAUUUGCAUUAAAGUCCAAAGGGCACUUGCACCGGCAAGAAGUUGAUAGUGGUAAAACUGAAGAGGAACUGUAUGCAGCUGUUUUGAGACCUCAAACCACAAGUGCAGAUCCAAGAACCCCUCAGGUGUCUCCUGGACAGUCUUCUGUAGAAGGAAAGCCACAAAGAGAAGGUAUCUUGGCAGUAGACAUUUGAACUUUUACCUUUUAUAUCAUUGAACUAAGCAAUGAACUUAAAUUGUAGCCCACCCACAGGGAUCACUGCUUUACCUGAUUUUCUUCCACAGGUCAAAUGAAUUUUUUUUUCAUUCAGAAUUAUGAUGAGAUUUCUCCAUGGGAAAGAAGAACCCUAGAAAAUGUGCCCCUCUGCCAAAAUGUGGCUCUAUAGCUCAGUUAGUAGUAGCACGCAACUAGUGUUUUGGAGGCACAGGUUCAAAUCCUGUCAAAGCCUUCAAUUUUUUAGGAUUCGUUUUUCCAAUUGCUUGAAUUGCAGCUCACCUGCAAAGAUCAUUGCUUUUCUUGAUUUUCAUCCACAACUCAAAUGAAAUUUCUUUCAUUGAGGAUUAUAGUAAGUUUAAUUAUAGUGUCUUUUGCCUCAAUCUUUAGCUGCUCCUGAAACAACUCCAUCAUCAGAUGAGAGAAAAGCUACAGACACCGACACACCAGCAGUACAGGUGAAUUUAAUUGAAUGUAAAAGUUUACAUUUAAAUAACUUUCUGUUAAUUCUUUUACCUCUAAGAAUGACUAGCAUCAAAUUUUUCUUUACAAAAUAACCCCUGAAUCACACACUAAGGUCAUGAGAAUAAAGGAAAUGAUCACCAACUGAAGAAACUCUUGAUUGUUAAAGAAAUUCUCCUUGUCAGCACCUAAGAAAAUGUAAAGAGAACAGUGUGAAGAAUAUGCAUACUGAUGUUUGAGUGUAAAGGGGUUAAACAGCUUUCAAACAGGCCAUCAUUAAUCAAGAAAAUCCCCCCAGUCAUUUACAGUUUUCUGCAUGAUUAUUUUCUUAGGAAAAUGCCAAACCUGCAAGUGCUGUUACUGCGAACAGUGAAAACACUGUGACACACUCCUCUGGCGGUCAAAGCUUAAAGGAAUUGUCCAUCGUAGGACAAACAGCUUCUACAGACACUCAGGCCUCUGGUUCCAAAGCAAACCAUUCUGAAGUUGUGAAAGGUAAAGGAAGAAAUUGUGAGAUUCUCCUUGUGUAAACAUUUUAUUUGUUUAUAUGGUUAUUUGGGGCAUUUGUGGAUAUAGGAAAUUUAACAAAGGUAUGUUUUUUUUAUUAUCAUUAUUAUUCUGCAGAUCUGAAAGAGUUUCAUUCCAACUUCAAUGUAAGUUUAGCUCUUUUAUCUCAUAAAAUGAUGUGAUUGGUAUAUAUCUAAUGAAACAGAAAAACUUAUUUGACAUUUCACAUAUUUAAGAUUUAGAAUUCAAACUUCAAAUUUUCCAGAGAUCACCUUUAUCAGUGACAGAUUAUAGUGGGAAGGUCAGAGUUAUGGCAGUCUAGUUUGAAAAUGUUGAGAUACAGGCAUCAAUGAAACUCAUUGUAGCAUGGAAAUCUUAAGAAGCAGAUCACCAAAAUUAAUUGUAUCAACUCGUAUUUGUUGGGUUUUCUAUAGCUAAAAGAAAAGUCUUCCAAGAAGGCAAAAGAUGUGCAGCAAACAGUUCCUCAAGAGGCAGAUCAGGCUGAGGCUACAGUGACUAAGACCACUACAUCCUCUGUCAAUGGUAUAUAUUUUCUUAAAAACAUAUAAUUAAAAGGGUGUAGGGGAAAAGACCAAAGUGACUCUGGAUCAACCAUUAGAUUCUCCUUCCAAGUUAUUUUGUGCUGUUCAUGGUCAAUUAGGGAACUGGAAGAGCUAAUUUUAAAUUAAAUUCUCUCGCAUCUUGAAUACUUUGUCAAGCAUAGAAGUGAUGUGUUUAUGAUAGAAUCUCCAGAAUUCUCUGAACCCUGCGACCCUUGAGAGUGACCAGCAUGUAAUUUCUCCCUAAAUUAUUACCCUUAAAUCACACACUAAGUUCACAAAAAUAAAGGAAAUGAUCAUCAACUAAAGAGGAUCUUGAUUGUUAAACAAAUUCUCCUUGUCAGCACCUUAAGAAAUGUAUGGUAAACAGUAUGGAGAAUAUGCAAACUCAUGUUAAAGGGUAAAGGGUGGAUGAUCCACAGUAGACCUGGAUUACGGUUACAAGACAUUUUGAUUUUGAGAAAUAUGAAUUGUUGUUAAUUGUGGUGGUCUCUUACACAUUUUUGGACUCACCUUUGGUUGAAAAUGAAUAUCCCUCUUUGUCUGACUGUUCACAUAUCUCUCUCUCGUAGAAUCAGGGACGCCAUCUUCUCCAGAUGUGGCCAAAUCAGAAGAGAAAAAAGAUGGAGAAGCAAGGUAAUUGAAGUUCAGGUUUACUCAAGUAAAUUUAGAAUUUUGUAGUCCUGUUUUUUUCUUGUUACAAAGUCAAGUUUUUCUAAUCCUGCUAUGUCUUACUUUCUAGCAUUCUGUCUACUUCAAAGCUAAAUCCAUAUGCUAAAGAAUUCAAAUUCACUCCCAAGGCUCAAGUAAGUUAACCAUUUGACAAGCAACUAUUUUCUCCUUACAAUAUCACCUCUGAAUCAUGCAACGAGGUCACAAGAGUAGAAGAAAUGAUCACCAUCUUUAGAGUCCCUUGAUUCUUAGUCAAAUUCUCCAUGUGAGCACCUCAGGAAAUGUAUAUAGAGAACAGUACAUAGAGAAUAUGAAUGCUGUUGUUGGGGUGCAAAGGGUUAAUAGUUAGUUCUGAUUGUGUCUCUAUUUAAAACUUUAUUUCCAAAGCGAAGAACAGUGUCGUCAGCAUGCUCUAUACUCUCAUAGAGCACGCUACAAUAAGCCAAUCAGAACCCCUGUUAGAAUGGUUCAAAUAAUCUGAUUGGCUGUACAAGACAAAAGCUGCCAAAAGUGUCAAACCAUCAAAGUUCAAAAACCAUCAAAGUUCACACUCUGCGAUACUUUACAAACUAAAAUAAUUCGGCAGGUCGAAUUUAACGCUUUUGCCUGAAUUUUUUAAUUCAGAAUCUUGAAGUGAAAUGUUCAGUGAACUUCAGCCGAAUUAUGGCUCAUAAAAACACGCGGGUUUUUUCACAUGACAAGGUAGAGAACAAACUGUUCAAGGCGAGUGUUUUUUAAAUGAACGACAGCCGAAUUCACUGGAACAUGAAGAUCGCUCGGGAUGACAGCGCCGCAAAACUCGGCUGCAGUGACUGAAGUGACUUUCCACUCAACACAUUGGAAAGGAUAUCAGAGCGAGCUCUUAUUUUUUCACUCGAAGGGCGGCAUGGUAAAGGCCUAUUUACACGGUACGACUUUGUCGCAUGCGACAAGCUUACGACAGGCCUACGACACGAAUUGUAUCGUGUAAAUCAAACCUACCACUCGCUUACGACUGUCGUGCACGUCACGAAAAAUGUCGUAGGAUUUUAAAACAUGUUUUAAAACGCUGCGACAAUCGUAGCCGAAAUUGAUAGAAAAUGACGUAUUUUGUGACAAAUUUCUACUGAGUAGGGGAGGAAGGUGAAAUUUUCUUGCGUCAAAAUGGCGGAGGAAGUCUCCUCCGGAAAGUCUAAGACUGCUUCCAAAGCGAGAAAUACAUUCUCAGAUGAGGAAACAGAGAAUAUGAUAUCACUGUGGAGCGAGGAAGAGGUUCUUUUCCUUCUCUUGCAAAUUAUUGAAACAAUGACCGCGGCCGAAACGAGUGGAAUUGCACGCGAUUUUGGCAUGUCGUAGGUGAAAAUGUCGUGCGCGUGUAAAUUGUCCUAAGUCAUGUCGUAGGCCUGUCGUAAGCUUGUCGCAUGCGACAAAGUCGUACCGUGUAAAUAGGCCUUAAGUGAGCCGCGAUGGACUUCAGCAUGAUCAUAUUUGCUCAGACACCGUCAUGAUUAGUAUGAAUUUUAACAAUUAUGCCAGUUUGGUUAUAUUUUUCAUCAUUUCUGUUUUGUUCUGUUUUGUUUUUUAACUCUGAACUUUAUAUACUAUACGAGUGUUGGCUGUGUUUGAUUUUCAUUACCGUACGUAAGCUUGCAAUCUAACUGAGCGUGAAAAUCUUUAAAACUCGGAAUGUCUAUUUUGUUUUUCCUUUGAGGAUUUUCGUAUCUGCCCACGUUUUAAUAACGUAAAUAACGGCGCCUGGUAUGUUUACAAACCUUUCUUUGGUUCUUCUGUUACUACUUGCCGGCUCGCUUGUUCCGAAAUUUUACUUUCAAUUAUCGGAAAAAAGCUAAAAAGAAGUCCCGGAAAAGGUCGAACAUGGUACAAUUUGGCAGAUGGCGUGACAGCUUUAGCUCAGUUCUAUGCUCUAUACUCUCAUAGAGCACGCUCUUUCAACCAAUGACAGUGCGCGUUAUAUCCGAACUUUAUUAUAAUAUUAUUCUAAAUGGCAAAUGUAAUGUCACAGUCAAACGAGGAGGAGCUUUUAAAUGAGGAGGAUUGUAGAACAAGUUAUGUGUUGAUCAAUUCAAAGCUUCAACAUCUCUUUCCUUCCACCCCUCCCUUCAGGUAACCACCCAACUUUUGAAGAUUGGUUUGUUCCCAUUCCCACUUCCUGUUCCAAAAAUUUAGUUCAAUUCCUACACCUAAUUUUUUGUGUAAAAGGAAAAAUCAGUGAUCACAACUUUCUACACAUUGACCAAGCUUUAAAACUGUAGACCUUGUAGACUUAUUUUCAUUUGCCAUUUGCUUGCACAAGGGAACUAUUUACCUUAAACACCUUCAUAUUAAAAGGUGUAACACAUAUUCUGCUAGAAGGAUUUGACACUUCCACUUCUUGAUUUAACUGAGACAUAAAAAGAGUAAUUUUGGGGUUAAAAAAACUAAACUUGAGGUUAGGUUAAUUACUCAGCAACUUUGCUCAGUAGCUUGGGUGCCAUGGCAAUGGGAUGACAUUUCAAUUUUGCGAAAGUUGUUCUAUAACAAGAAGCUGAUGGUAUUUUUGUCUUCAGAAGCCAACUCCACCUCCACAACAAUACAUAUCAGUGGGCCCACCACCUUUCUCGCCAACCUCCAUCAGAGCUCCAGUGGCAGGAGCUCCUUUCCCUCCACACCCCCAACCGAUAAUGGUGGUACCUCAACAACAGUUCUACAGAGGCAAACAGCCAUUCAAUAAACGUAUGUUCAGUUGUGAUUUUGGGUUUUUUUCCUGUUUUUGGUUGUCAUUUUCUUUAGAGACAUUUUGUUGCAUCAAGUGUGAAACAUAGUCAAUGAAAUGGACUGUUUAUUGUUACAGCUGCACGAAGUCAGUCAUAUGGAGGUGGCCGUGACCAAGGGGAAUCACCACCUUCCUUCAUAUCGGCAGCUACUGCAACUGGCAGCCCAAUUAUCACACCAGGAGGUGGAUUUCCUCAGCAAAUGUACGGUCCAAUUCCAUCACAUCAUCAGCCUGUCACUUACGUCCAGUCACAUGCAGGAAUGGUGCCACAGCCAAUGUUACCACAGGUAGGCAGUGAAGGUGGUUUUGAUUUGUUUUGAUUUAUUUUAAAUUUUGUUCCAUGAAAUUCCAUGAAAAAGUCAUUUUGCAAGUUGUGUUCAUAGCUCCCUUAAGUGAUCAACUUCUAUAGUGUAACUUUUUCCCUGUAAUAUCCAGACAUUACCUAGCAAACAGGUAUUGAGGAUAAUUUCAAACUUGUUAGGUAGAAGUCAUUGUCUUGAUCAAACACCAAAUUCUUGAAACUAAUUUACAAGGAAUAAUUGUUUAGUGGCUAAAUGGGAGAAUUAACAGUCAGAUCUUGGGAGUUUAAGGGUAAAGCUUUCCUAAAUACAUCCAGCUUGGAAAUUAUCCUUGAACUGAGUCAUACAAUUUAUUUAUUUAUUUAUGUUUUUGGCAGUUUGUUGUUCCUCCAGGACACGGUCCAGCACGAUUUAUUGCUCCUGUAAGUAACUGUUGUCUGUUUGAUAGAAUGUGAUUCAAAUCUUGUUUCUUGUCACCCAAACUUAUAUAGAACAGAUAAGUUACCAUUAACCAAUAUAUUUAUAUUAUUUAUUGCUUAUGAGAGUGAAAUUGUGAGCAUGUGGAAACUAUAUCUGCUUCCAUCAAGCUGAAGCACAAGAGGGUAAUUUGGUGUUAUCAACUGGGUUGAUAAAGGGCUAAUGCUUGAAAUGUCAGCUUUGAAACUCUUUAAAUUGGCCAGUUUACAUUAUCAACUCAAUUGAUAACACCAAAUUACCCUGUGAUACUCGCCCACUGAUGCAGCACCACAGUUUCUUGAGAAACUUACCCUUUAAGCACAAGAGAACUUAUUUUCACACAAUAUUUUUUUUCCUUUUGCUCAGGUGUCAUCACCAGCAGGGGCAGGUACUGUUCCAAUGACACAGACAUACCAGGAUGGCACACCUGUCCCAGUUUAUGGUAAGAAUUUUUUUUUUAGCAACCAGUAUUCAGUAGUACUCUUUGAUGAAAGAGAGAUGUGAAACAACAAUUUUUUUAAUCAUAGCAAGACAAGGAAAAAUAGGUGGAUCCUUAUUCAAGAUUUGAACACUAGGUAGCAUGAGUUUCAACAAGAGACAGACUGAGACAAGCUGCACAAAUUAUGAUUUGUCUUUUAAUUUUUUUUUCAGUUGCUGGUGCACCCAUGCAAAGUGCAGGCACCCCUCAAGGUCAGCCGCAGCCCAGCCCUUCACAGUCAGGUCAGUUUGUCUUCAGCUCCCCGAUGCCAGGACAGCCUCAGGUUGGCGCACCCCCUCAGGGACAAGUUACACCUGGCCCUGCCCCGUAUGUUUACAUUCCUUCAGUGGCACCUAAUGCUGUGCCCACUUCUACUCCGUCAUCAGUAUCCUACAUGCCUGGUGAGUGA